AUGAAACAUUAUGGUGUAAAAAAUUUGGUGUUUUCAUCCAGUGCUACGGUCUAUGGUGAACCAGAAAUGAUGCCCGUCAAUGAAAUGGCUAGACUGGGCCCAGUGACAAAUCCGUACGGAAAGACAAAACUUUUUGCUGAAGAGAUCAUUAGAGAUCUGUAUGCUUCUGAUCCAGAGUGGAACGUUGUACUGUUAAGAUACUUUAAUCCUGUUGGGGCCCAUUCCUCCGGUAUGAUCGGUGAACAUCCACAAGGUGUACCCAAUAAUUUAUUACCUUAUGUAAUAAAAGUCCUGCAAGGUCAUCUACCUUUUGUCCAUGUAUUUGGCAACGAUUUCGAUACAGUGGAUGGUACAGGUGUUAGAGAUUAUGUGCAUGUUUGCGAUUUAGCCACGGGCCAUUUAGCGGCUUUGAAGAAAUUGGAAGAGAAACCUGGCUGCAAAGCAUAUAACCUUGGAACAGGCGAUGGCUAUUCUGUUUUGGAAAUUAUACAUGCAAUGGAAAGAGCAACUCAUAAAAAAAUCCCUUACAGCAUUGAAAGCAGAAGACCUGGAGAUGUUGCUAUCUGUACGGCAGAUGCCUCGUUAGCCAAUAAGGAGCUAGAUUGGUAUCCUAUGUAUUCUCUUAACGAUAUGUGUCAAGACAUGUGGAGAUGGACUCAGCGAAAUCCAAAUGGUUAUGAUGGUGAAUACCUGCCAUAG